AUGACCUCAUUUUCGGCAUAUUUCCCGCGAAAAUAGUCACGUUGGUAGGACUUCAUUGUUUUGGUAGGAAAAGCUACGGAAAGACUAAUCAUGGCAGAAGACACUUCCUCUGACCCAUUUUCUACUGCAACCAGUCCCUCCAGAGGAUCAAGGGGGCGUCGCACAGACCCCUUGACUUCAAGUCCCGGAAGGGAUCUUCCUCCAUUUGAAGAUGACUCUGAAUUGAUGGGAAACAAUGCAGGGGAUGAAGAGGAAGAAGACGGAGAGGAACUGUUUGGUGAUAAUUUGGAACAGGAUUACCGAGCCAUCCCAGCGCUGGAUAGAUUUGACCAGGAGGGUUUGGACGAUGAAGAAGACUACUCCGAGUUGUCCGAGGGUCAGCGACAGGCUGCCGAGAGAGAGAUGCGACAGAGGGAUAGAGAGGAGGGAAUUCUAACGGGGCGCAUGAGGAGGGGGCUCAUGUAUGAGGAAUCUGAUGAAGAAGAUGAUGCAGCGCCAAGAAAGCGAAGACGAGCUGAACGGGCUGCAGAGGGAGAGGUUGAGGAUGAAGAGAUGAUAGAGAGUAUCGAGAAUCUAGAAGACAUGAAAGGUCACUCGGUGAGGGAAUGGGUAUCCAUGUUAGGACCGAAGACCGAAAUAAAAAACAGAUUCAAAAACUUCUUAAGGACAUAUGUAGAUUCCAAGGGCCAUAAUGUUUACCGAGAAAAGAUUAGACAAAUGGUGGAAGCAAACAAAGAGAGUCUGGUGAUAGAUUACAACAUGUUGGCUUCGGUAGAACAGGUCCUGGCUUAUUUCUUACCUGAGGCACCUGCUGAAAUGUUACUGAAUUUUGACGAGGCUGCCAAAGAGGUGGUUUUAAACAUGUACCCGAAGUAUGAGAACAUAGCCAAAGAAAUUCAUGUCAGAAUUGCAGAAUUACCCUUAAUUGAAGAACUGAGAUCAUUAAGACAACUUCACCUGAAUCAGCUGAUAAGAACCAGUGGUGUAGUCACCAGUAGCACAGGGGUCCUACCCCAGCUGAGUGUCAUCAAAUACGACUGUAACAAAUGUAACUACAUUCUGGGUCCAUUCUACCAGUCACAGAACCAGGAGGUCAAACCAGGGUCAUGUCCUGAGUGUCAGUCCACAGGACCAUUUGAAAUCAACAUGGAACAGACUGUGUACAAGAAUUACCAGAGAAUGACCAUUCAGGAGAGCCCGGGUACUGUACCAGCUGGACGACUACCCAGAUCUAAGGAUGCUAUUCUACUUGAUGAUUUGGUGGAUAUGUGUAAACCAGGGGAUGAGAUUGAAUUGACAGGAAUCUACCACAAUAACUAUGAUGGGUCUCUGAACACAGCUAAUGGAUUUCCGGUGUUUGCCACUGUGAUUCAGGCUAACUACAUCACAAAGAAAGAUGAUAAGUUAGCUGUCAGUGCUCUAACUGACGAGGACAUCAAAGCCAUUGUACAGCUGUCUAAAGAUGAGAGAAUUGGAGAAAGGAUUUUUGCCAGUAUGGCUCCAUCUAUCUAUGGACAUGAAGACAUCAAAAGAGCAGUGGCCCUAGCAAUAUUUGGUGGUGAACCCAAAAAUCCUGGAGGCAAACACAAAGUGAGAGGGGACAUCAAUGUAUUGAUCUGUGGAGACCCAGGUACUGCCAAAUCACAGUUCUUGAAGUAUGUAGAGAAAACUGGACCUCGUGUGGUGUUUACGACAGGUCAGGGAGCCUCCGCAGUGGGUCUGACGGCGUACGUGCAAAGAAACCCAGUGUCAAAGGAGUGGACCUUGGAGGCAGGUGCCCUAGUACUGGCAGAUAAAGGAAUGUGUCUCAUUGAUGAAUUUGACAAGAUGAAUGAUGCAGAUAGGACCAGUAUACAUGAGGCUAUGGAGCAACAGAGCAUAUCAAUCUCUAAGGCUGGUAUAGUUACCUCCCUACAGGCCAGAUGUGCUGUCUUGGCUGCUGCUAAUCCCAUCGGGGGCAGAUACGACCCCUCCCUGACCUUCUCAGAAAACGUUGACUUGACAGAACCUAUUUUGUCCAGAUUUGAUAUUCUCUGUGUUGUUAGAGAUACAGUGGACCCUGUUACAGAUGAGAGACUAGCAAGAUUUGUCACAGGAAGUCACAUGAAGCACCACCCUAAUGCUGCAGACACACAAACUGAAGAAGAUCUGCACUCCCUGAACACCACAUCUUCCAUUGAGCCCGUGCCCCAGGAAUUGUUAAAGAAGUACAUUGUGUACUGCAAGAACAAGGUCCACCCCAAGCUCCACCAGAUGGACCAGGAUAGAGUGGCCAAGAUGUAUGCAGAACUCAGGAGGGAGUCCAUGUCUACAGGAAGUAUUCCUAUCACAGUAAGACACAUUGAGUCCAUGAUCAGAAUGGCUGAAGCUCAUGCCAAGAUGCACCUGAGAGAUUAUGUGAAUGAGGACGAUGUCAAUAUGGCAAUCCGUAUCAUGUUGGAGAGCUUUAUCAGCACUCAGAAAUUCAGUGUAACCAGAUCCAUGAGAAAGACAUUUGGUCGGUACCUUGCCUUCAGGAAGGACAACAAUGAGUUACUACUGUUUAUCCUGAAACAGUUGGCCCAGGAUCAGAUGACCUUCCAGAGAAACCGCUAUGGCCUGGAGCAGGAACAGAUUGAAAUCUCCGAGAAAGACCUGGCAGAUAAGGCAAGACAGAUCAACAUUUCAAACUUGGCUUCUUUUUACGAGAGUGAUAUCUUCAGGGCAAACCAUUUCAGUCAUGACAGGAAACGGAAAGUCAUCGUCCAGUGUAUCUGAGGAAGAAAGGGAGAAAGUUUACAAACUGAAAAAUUCUGUUGAUGUCAAGUGUUGACCAAGUGCAUAACAACCAAUGUUACCCAUAGACAAACUUUAAUGGCUGUGCAAUAAUAUCCAUGUAUUUAUGGAUUGGAUGUAUACUAUGGGACAUGAAAUAACUUAUUGAAUGUACAUUGACUGUUGUAAAUAUUUGUGUAAUUAUUUUGGUCUCUUACACAGAAUGUACAAAUUAUUGUUGAGGACUAUCCAAUUUGUUUUGCAAAACGAUUGAAUGAAAUUAUUAAUGAGCAUUAAAUUUUUAGAAAGACA